AUGUUAGUCAAACAGGGAAGCGACUGAGCCUUGGCCGAAUCUCCAUUGUCACCUGUGAAAGUGUAGCUGUGAGCAGGGAAGGGAGCAGCCUCUCCCAGUGUACAGUGCCCAGGUCUGUGCCCAGCUGUAUGAUGUCUGAUGCCCAGAGAAUAAUAGGAGCCUAAUGACUGCAGUGGACUCAGCACGACUUAUAAAAGUAAGGCUCCUUAAGCCUUGCACUUAACAAGCGACUUGCUGAAACUAUUCCACCAAAGCCUGUGCACCAGUCGCCGCUACAUUGUGGUGCCACCAGUCGGACACACAGUGGAAUUGAAUUUCAUUGCAAGCUGCAAAAGAGAUUUUUAUUUUUUUCACUUUUAUUUUUUAAACUUUUCUGACUUGGAUAUUUAAAAAAAAAAAAAAUAUUGGAAGUGUCCUCAGUAAUACACACUUUAUCGAUGAACUCUAUGAAAGACCCUUUACAUUUGGAUCCUUUGAGCGGAACUAAGCUGGCUUCAGCCUCUUCCCAUCAUCAUCACCAUCAUCAUCAUCCUCAGGCGGUGACCCUAGUCUCCAUGGCUUCCUCCCUGGGGCAGCGCUCGGUGGAGUGUAAGCAAAGAUUGGAGGUCCAUACCAUAUCAGACACCUCCAGUCCUGAGGCUGCAGAUAAAGAGAAAAAUCACCAAAGUAAAAAUGACGAUGCCAGCACUGAUGACCCCUCCAAGAAGAAGAGACAGAGGAGGCAGAGGACACAUUUCACCAGCCAACAGCUGCAGGAGCUAGAGGCCACCUUCCAGAGGAACCGCUACCCUGACAUGUCCACCAGGGAGGAGAUCGCAGUGUGGACCAACCUCACCGAGGCCAGAGUCAGGGUUUGGUUCAAGAACCGUAGAGCUAAAUGGAGAAAGAGAGAGAGGAACCAGCAGGCUGAGCUGUGUAAGAAUGGCUUUGGUCCUCAAUUCAAUGGACUCAUGCAACCCUACGACGACAUGUACCCUGGCUACUCCUACAACAACUGGGCAGCCAAAGGGUUGACUUCAGCUUCUCUCUCCACCAAGAGCUUCCCUUUCUUCAACUCCAUGAAUGUCAACCCCUUGUCCUCACAGAGCAUGUUCUCCUCACCCAACUCCAUCUCCUCCAUGAGCAUGUCCUCCAGUAUGGUGCCUUCUGCAGUCACUGGGGUGCCAGGUUCUAGCCUCAACAGCUUGAAUAAUCUGAACAACUUGAGCAACCCUUCUCUGAAUUCAGCAGUGCCAACGUCAGCCUGCCCCUAUGCCCCACCAACACCCCCCUAUGUCUAUAGAGACACAUGUAACUCCAGCUUGGCAAGCCUUAGACUCAAAGCCAAACAGCACUCUAGUUUUGGAUAUGCUAGUGUUCAGAACCCAGGAUCAAAUCUCAGCGCGUGUCAGUAUGCUGUGGACAGACCAGUCUGAUAUCUAUACAAUGUGCAUGUGUAAAUAUACCUUAUGGGAACCAUCCUUUCUACAAAGACUUUACCUAUCUGGACUCUAAAAUGGGAGGAACCGAAAGGAAAACAAAAUGCAAAAUGCAAAAAAAAAUGAUGAAAUGUGUCUUGUUUUCAAGGGAUGGCCUACAGCCACUUCUGAAAGUAUUAUCAGUCACAGGACGCUGAUAAAUCCAAUAUAUUUGGACACAUUUGACUGGAUAUUACAUUUUAAAAAGUUACUAUAAGCUUGUAUUUUUUUUUUUUUUUUUGCAUUGUU